AUAUCCUCUUAUCUUUUUGGUUUAUACACUACUCUCUCUCUCUUCCUUUUUUUACUGGUAAACCGAAAAUCCAAAAGAAGGAAAAAAGAACAACAACGAAAGACGAGCAAGAAAACCGAGCUCUGGCCCCUUUUUAUCCGAGUCGACUCAGCCUCAACUCGGUUGCUUACCUUCUUCUUUCUCUCUCCUCACCAUUUCUCACAUUUCAAUCAAUCAAAUCGUUUUUCUUUUUCAAUAUUCAUCAUCUUCAAUCUUUGGCGGGCACUACAACAAUUUGGUUUAUACAGCUGGAAGAAAAUUGGGGGAAGAUAGGUGUAGGUUAAGGGGGAUAAUGUGUAUGUUCUGUGUGAUUCAGAAGUGGUCGCGCAGGGUUGCUACGAUGCUGCCUUGGUUAGUUAUUCCACUUAUAGGGCUAUGGGCUUUAUCUCAGCUCUUACCGCCCGCUUUUAGGUUCGAGAUUACAUCCCCGAGGUUGGCUUGUGUGUUUGUAUUGUUGGUUACAUUGUUUUGGUAUGAGGUUUUGAUGCCACAGUUGUCUGCUUGGCGUGUGAGGAGGAAUGCUCGUUUGAGGGAGAGGAAGAGGAAUGAGGCGUUGGAGUUGCAGAAGCGUAAAAAAACUGCUACUAGGAAGUGCAGGAACUGCUUGACACCUUAUCGGGAUCAGAAUCCGGGUGGGGGGAAGUUUAUGUGUUCGUAUUGUGGGCAUAUAUCGAAAAGACCGGUUCUUGAUUUGCCUGUUCCUCCUGGUAUUUCGAAUUCUGGGAUUAUUAAUGACUUGUUUGGUAAGGGUGGGAAGAUAUUGAAUGGGAAGCCCUGGACGGAUAAUGUAUCACUGUGCAGUCAAGAAUGGAUAGAGAAUGGGAGUUGGGUGGUUAAUGGCUCUUUUCCGGUUAAGUCUUCUUUUACACAACGGAAGAAUGGUGUUGGAUUGUUUGACAGAAGUGAAUCAUGCCUGGCAGAGCAGUCUUAUUCAGGUGUUUACUUUUUCAGUUGUAAACUUUUGACGUCUUUUUUGUUGAGCAUAAGGUGGCUUUGUAGAAAGCUCUUUAGGAUUAGCUCCUCAGCGGAUUCUUCAUCAGAUGCUGAUCACAGGGGGAUGAUGUCUAAGAAGGGUGAGAAUGGCAGCACAGGUCAAGAGAGCAGAGGUGAGAAAGCUCGUAGGAAAGCUGAAGAGAAGAGGCAAGCUAGAUUAGAGAAAGAGAUUUUGGAGGAGGAAGAGAGGAAGCAAAGGGAGGAGGUGGCGAGAUUGGUUGAGGAGCGCAGGAGGUUGCGGGAUGAGAAGAUAGAGGCUGAGAAUCGUGCCAAAGGAACCUCUUCAUUAAGGGAGAAAGACAGUAAGAGGGAAGCUGAGAAAAGGCGACAGGAGAGAAGAAAGGAAAAAGACAAAGGAUCUAGUAAAAGCAACUCUGAUGUGGAGGAGACAGAAAAGAAGCCGGGGAAGGAAAAUGACAGGAAACGUGACAUUGAAAGAAAGAACGAGUCUGAUCGACGGGAGUCGCCGAAGUCUGCAGUAGACAGUGUGAAGGGUCAAAAUGCUGAAGCAGGUUAUGCAGCAAAGGGUAAUCCUGCAAACAAUUUUAGCCGGGGGAAUGUUGGUGCUAGAUAUUUUGACCGUAUGAGAGGUACCUUCUUGUCUUCUUCCAAGGCAUUUACUGGCAGUGGUUUUUUUGGCAAAGCUGCCCCACCUACAGUUCCCUCUUCUAAAGAAAUCAAGCCCAAUGGUUCUGGAGAUAAUCCCUUAAUGACCAACAGCAGACGUGAUUUUCUUCCACCAGAGCGUCUGCCUGGGAGAACCCUUACGAAUGCAGAUGAUAAAAGCAGUACUCGUCCUGUCUUUUCAGAUAUGCAACCUAAGACACAACCAAAGUCGUGGCAACAAUUAUUUACUCCACAUCCAGCCUCCCAUCCAAAUGCCAUUAGCAGACCGAGUUCAAAAUCUCAAGCAGAAGGUCAAAGUGCCCACUUACCUUGCUCAGUAUCGUCUAUGCCGCUCUAUGAUAACCCAAUCAAUUUCCCAUCUCCAUUUAUGCUCCCCUCCUUUUCAAAUGGGCCUCUGACUAACAGUUGCCCACCUGAUGCAAAGCACUCAUUGUUUUCUAAUGUUUUGGACAUGCCUCAUGAUAUAUUGCCGGAAGAGCCAGAGCUUUUCGAGGAUCCAUGUUAUGAACCCGAUCCUGUGUCACUUCUUGGGCCUGUAUCCGAAUCACUUGAUAAUUUUCAGCUGGACCGUGGCAAUAGCUUUGUAAAAGAUGAAAUUGGCAAACCUUAUCCGUUGAUCAAUGUUUCCACCCCUUUGGAAGUCACCAGGCCUUCUCCAAUCGAAUCUCCAUUGUCCCGACUGAGAGUUGCUGAUGAAAAGCCGAAUAACCCUAGCCACUUCUCUAGUAGUCCGAGGGCCCUUGAUAUGCCAUUUCUCCCAGCUGCUGACUUGAAUGAUAUCAAUGAUAAGGGAACAUGGCAUAUGUGGAAUUCUUCUCCUCUUGGUCCUGAUGGGUUAAGUAUGGUUGGAGGUUCAGCCAACUGGAGUACACCACUAGAGCGAAGCAGACUGAACUGUGAAGAUAUGAUUCAUCAAUCACUGCAAAAGACUACAAAUUCUUUGUUUUCUAAAGAGGAUCUUUUUGCUUCUGGAACAAAUUCUCAUCAGAAUGUCCUGAUGGAAAAUGCCCAAAAUUGUAGUGCAUUUGGUGUCUCUGCUUUUAGCUCUAAAAAUCAAGAUCAAUGGAUGCAAGCGGCCUUUUUUCCGCCGCUUUGUAGCAGUGAAAGCCAUCUUCCUAUUAGUCCUACAGAGGAAGCUUCUGAGAAGAAUAAUUUAUGUGUGAGUUCUAGUGGGGCUGGAGUGAAUGCUCUUGAUCCAUCCACACCCAGUUGGUCCAAGAAUGAGUGGUCUGUCAAGGGCGUUCGAAACCCAUCUGUUGUCAAAUCUCCUAUUGGUGGCUUAUAUUCACCCCCAAAUGUACAGUCACUUUGGUCAUUUGAAUGAAAACUGGAAAAAGUAAAAAAGAACAAAGAGGAAAAAAAAAAACUUAUGAGGGUACUUCUUAAUACACCUGUUCUUGAUGAGGUAACUAGCCUCUUUUUUUGAGGGCAGUUCAGAUACACUGGAAGCAUUGUAUCUAUCUUCUUAGUUUUUACUAUGAGGAAGAUUGAUGUUUACUUA